AUGGAGUUGACCAAAGCUAUAAGAAUUGGACAUUUCACUGAGAACCUUGGGAAGCAACUACUAAUGCUAGUAGAAAUGUUGAAGAAGAUGAUGACCAUAGUAGCAUUAGUGAAGUUGUAUAAUUUGAAGGCAAAAUAUAGGAUGAGUGAUGUCUGUUUUACAGAAUUAUUGAUACUUCAAGGCGAUUUGCUUCCAGAAGGAAAUACAAUACUGGCCUCUAUGUAUGAGGCAAAAAAGACUUUGUGUGCAUUGGGGCUGAGUUAUGAGAAAAUGCACGCAUGCCCCAAUGAUUGCAUCUUGUAUAGGAAGGAGUAUGAGGAUUUAACUCAUUGUCCUAAUUGUGGUAUCUCAAGGUGGAAGGAAGGCAAAGAUUCAAUCUUGAAAGAGGGUGUGCCAGCGAAGGUGGUGUGGUAUUUUCCUCCAAUUCCAAGGUUUAAAAGGAUGUUUCGAUCACAUGAGACCGCUAAGAGUUUGACUUGGCAUGCUGCUAGAAAAUCAAUUGACGGUUAUAUGUCUCAUCCAGCGGAUUCCCCGUCUUGGAAACUUCUUGAUGAUAAAUGGCCCGAGUUUGGUAAUGAGCCGAGAAACUUGAGAUUGGCUCUUUCAUCUGAUGGAUUCAAUCCCCACAGUUCUCUAAGUAGCAGAUAUAGUUGCUGGCCAGUUAUCUUAGUUACAUAUAAUCUCCCUCCAUGGCUGUGCAUGAAACGAAAGUUCAUGAUGUUGACCUUAUUGAUUUCCGGUCCUAAACAGCCCGGAAAUGAUAUAGACUUCUACUUGGAGCCUUUGAUUGAUGAUUUAAAAUCUUUGUGGGAUGGGAUUGGAGGAGUGUAUGAUGCACAUAAUGGAGAAUACUUUACACUCAGAGUUGCAUUAAUGUGGACAAUUAAUGAUUUCCCCGCCUAUGGAAACUUAUCUGGUUGUGUUGUUAAAGGAUAUAAAGCUUGUCCAAUAUGCGGCGAUGAUACACCUAGUCACAGGUUGAAAAAUGGCCACAAAAUUUGUUACAUUGGGCAUAGAAAAUGGUUACCGAUCAAUCAUCCAUAUAGGAGGCAACGUGCAGCUUUUAAUGGGAAACCUGAAUAUGGCACGCCUCCUGAGCCAUUAACCGGAGAAGAAGUGCUGCAUAUGGUUGAAGAUGGUGACAAAGUUUGUUGGAAGAAGAAAUCAAUAUUCUUUGAUCUCGAGUAUUGGAAAUACCUUCCUGUGAGGCAUGUCCUAGAUGUUAUGCACAUUGAGAAGAAUGUUUGCGAUAGUAUCAUUGGUACAUUGCUGGAGAUCCCUGGAAAAAAUAAAGAUGGGAUUGCUGCUCGAUUAGAUUUAUUGAACAUGGGGGUCAAAACUGAUUUGCAACCCGAGUAUGGAGAAAAACGUACUCGUUUGCCUCCCGGGCCUUGGAAUUUGUCAAGAGCAGAGAAGAGAGAGGUUUGCAAUUCUUUCUAUGAUUCAAGACUUCUUGGCCUUAAAUCACAUGAUUGUCAUACCUUAAUGCAACAAUUGCUCCCUGUGGCAAUUCGUUCUGUUUUGGAGAAGCCUGCAAGGUAUGCAAUAACUCGUUUGUGCUUCUUCUUCAAUGCUAUAUGUGCAAAGACUGUUGAUGUUUCCAAGCUAGAUAAGUUGGAAGAAGAUGUAGUAGUUACUUUGUGUUUGCUUGAGAAGUACUUUCCCCCUUCAUUCUUUGAUAUCAUGGUUCAUCUAGUAGUACAUCUUGUCAGAGAAGUUCGUCUAUGUGGGCCAGUAUAUUUUAGAUGGAUGUAUCCGUUUGAAAGAUAUAUGAAAGUGCUAAAGGGGUAUGUUCAGAAUCGUACUUGUCCCGAAGGUUGCAUUGCUGAGCGGUAUAUAGCUGAAGAAGCUGUAGAGUUUUGUACCGAGCAUUUAUCUGAUGUUAGUACAGUUGGAGUGCCUUCAAGCCAAAAGAUGGGAGUUUCAAAGCCAUUAUCAGGUUGCACAGUGAGCGUAGUUGAUCGGGACCUGUUGAACCAAGCACAUCUAUAUGUCUUGGAGAAUACGGAGGAAGUCCUACCUUAUAUCGAGCAACAUAUGAUCCACAUCAAGACCGCUUAUCCAAAAUUUAGAAAGAGAACAAAGUGGCUGCAGGAUAAGCACAAUAGCACUUUCAUUCAAUGGCUACGCUUCAAGGUUCAAAGUGAACUUAAUGAGGAAGACAAUCAUGGCGUAUCAGAAAAUUUAAGGUGGCUAGCAGCUGGUCCAAACAUGGCAGUGCCAUUAUAUAGGAGCUAUCUCAUUAAAGGUAUUAAAUUCAACAUCAAGGCACAAGAUGAUGUGCGGACAACUCAAAAUAGUGGAGUUUAUUUACUUGCACAUACUAUGCAAGUUGCUAGUGCCAAGGAUAAAAACCCAAUUCUCUCAAAUAUGGGUUUCUAUGGUGUUAUUCAAGAAAUUUGGGACCUUGACUACCAAAAGUUUACAAUCCCAGUCUUUAGGUGUGAUUGGAUUGAUAAUACUUCUGGUCUUGUAGUGGACGAACUUGGAUUUACCCUUGUAGAUUUGAGUAAAAUUGGACAUAGGAAUGACCAAUUGUGUUUUGGCUUCUCAAGUCAAACAAGUGAUGUGAGAAUUGAGUGUGAGCCAUUUACUAGGGGGAUGCCAAAUGUUGACACAUUUGAUGAAGUGGUGGUUGAGUUAGGGAGUCAAAAUAUUCGAGAUGGUAGUGAAGGUAAAUGGACAAUCUACCCAAUCCUUGCUGCUUUAAAGGAGAAGAGUAGACUGUUUGGCUCUUGCAACUGGAAGUGGAUUCCAAGGAAAGCAAACAGAGCAGCGGAUGCUGCAGCUUUAGAAGCGAAGAGGAAGAUGUGCGAUGAGGUCUGGAUCAGUCGACCCCCAUCCUCCCUGGUUUUCGUGCUCCUUAACGAUGGUCUUCCUUGUCCUCCACAAGUGUAA